AUGCUCUUAAGCAAACUCACCAGUAUCAAUAAUGUGGAAAAUGCCACCUUUUUCAAUAAUGUUAGACCAACAGAAAUCAAUUAUGCUCCAACCACAUUUAUGAUCUUGAAAACACAAUGUAUAAUACAAAACAUAGCAAUACAUAAAUUAUCAAUUGUACUCACUAAAUUUGCAAUUCCCAUGGGUGUAAUUUCAAGCCUAAGCUUUUCAGAUUUU